GACCACGUGCUAUUCAGGCUCUUGCAUCUUGCCUUCAUGUCGUGCCGCAACUGUGGAUUCAUCGACCUUCUUCCUCUCGAGCCACCCCUCCAAAAUACCAAAGCCAUCCAUAGCUCCGACAAUCUCGUUUCACAAAUUCUACGCGGGUCACGACCGCUGCUCGACUCUGACCAUGCCUUACUCAAUUCCGAAAUCGUCGAGCUGGAGCAGUUGCAUUCCUUGUGUGAUGCCCAAUUUCAAGAGAUCCGGUUGCGGCGACGUGCAGUCCUGGAAGCCCUCGAAAGUCGCAAAUCGGUUUAUGCACCCAUUCGUCGUCUUCCCCGAGAUAUUCUCAUUGAAAUCUUCCACCUUGUUUGUGAUUCUUGGUACAUGAGGCCCAACGGAGCACCAACCCUUGCAAUAGAGCGUGCCAAUAGUCUAGAUCUAUCCGGUCCUCUUUGGGUUUUAGGCCGUGUUUGUGGGCUUUGGAGGAAUACGUUGCACACAUCUCCAGCGUCUUGGGCUCGGAAUAUUGUGGUGAAGUCCCCCUUCUCCUACCACGCUAACGAGAUAUUGCAGACCUAUCUCGAGCGCAUAGGCGAACAUCUCUUUAACCUGAGGGUCUUCUUCAGGUUCGCAGAGACCCAACGGGAAAGAGAAGAUGAAAUCAUGUCACUGCUUGUUCAAUCCUGCCAACGGUGGAAGAACCUGGUCAUUACCAUUGACAAACAUCACAUGCACCACUUUGAAUCUAUAUCGCAGUUUCCAGCCCUGCAGACGAUUGCAUUAUGUAUCGAUGAUGGCGAUGAUCCUGAUUAUCACCCGAACAUGUGCGUGGCUGCCCCGCAGCUACGGCAAGCAACUGUUUACGGGCAAGGGAUCCAUCAGAUGAGGUUGCCGCCUGGGAUAACCCAUUAUAGUGGGGGUAUCACUUGUUCAGAAGAUUUACACCUUCUUUCCCAGCUACCGAACCUCAGAACGUCUGUCCUUUGGAUGUGUCAAGACGCGGAGUUGGCGCCUGUGGUUGUGGCGCAGCUUCGUCACCUCUGUGUUGAGGAUGCGGAUGUUCUCGACACCCUAACUACACCGUUUCUCAGUAGUUUGGCCGUUAGCGAUACCGGAGAAUUGGCCUGGACAUCCUCUGCACAAGAAUCUGUUACCCGUUUCCUUCAUCGAUCGAGAUGUCAUCUCGAGAGUCUGAGCAUCGGCAGGACCAUAUUUGGGUCAUUGGCCAAAAUCAACGAAAUUCUCACAUUGGAAGCAUGUUCUACCAUCUCUCGCCUCAAACUUGAGCUGCCUUCACCAAUAAUCGACGUUACCGAAGACCUCGCCUCUUAUUCUUUUCCACCGAAUCUACACCAUCUCGUCCUGUGUCUAUCACAUCCUUCAGAGGACGAAUGGUUUGCCAUACUUCACGUGGUACGCUCUCGCCGUGAUGCGGGAGUGCUGAAAUUGGUUGAGGUGCAAUUUGAGGGAGAUCAGUAUGAGAAUUAUAUGGAAGAAGAUAUCCGAGCUCUUACUGUGGACGACUUUGAGAUGCGGAUCGGGCAGCCACCACGGGACGAUUUGGGGUUAGUCUUGAUGUAACAUUGAAGUCAGAUCGAUGGCGACAUGGCCUUCUCCCUCCUGUGAACUUUAAACAUACCACGAGAUUGGAGAGACAGUAUUAUAGUGACUUUGUCGGCUUUCAGUGACAUCCGCCUUCUUGACAAUCGUUAACCAGCAUAUAGCUUCCUUCCUUUCGCCUAACGUUGUAUCGUUUUACUGGCUAGUACAUACCAAUAUCAGUUGUUACUUGGGUCCAUGCAUCG